AUGCAGAAUCCUAAACUCUUGGUUCCAGUCAAGGUUACUUCCAAUGGAACUCUGGUCCACCCAAUAUACUUUCUGCUGGUGGGCAUCCCUGGGUUGGGGCCUAACACACAUUUCUGGCUGGCGUUCCCCCUGUGUUUUAUGUAUGCCUUAGCCACCCUGGGAAACCUGACCAUUGUCCUUAUCAUCCGUGUGGAACGGCGCCUACAUGAACCCAUGUACCUCUUCCUGGCCAUGCUUUCUACCAUUGACCUAGUACUUUCUUCUGUCACUAUGCCCAAGAUGGCCAGCCUCUUCCUAACAGGCACCCAGGAGAUUGAGUUCAACAUAUGUCUGGCCCAGAUGUUCCUUAUUCAUGCUCUUUCAGCCAUGGAGUCAGCUGUCCUGCUGGCCAUGGCUUUUGACCGCUUUGUGGCCAUCUGCUACCCUCUGCGGCAUGCCUCUGUGCUCACAGGGCCUACAGUUGCCAAGAUAGGUCUAGCUGCCCUGGCCAGGGGGUUUGUAUUCUUCUUCCCUUUGCCCUUCAUCCUGAAGCGCUUGUCAUACUGCCGCAAACACACCGUCACACACUCUUUCUGUUUGCACCAAGAUAUUAUGAAGCUGUCCUGUACCGACACCACGGUCAAUGUAGUGUAUGGACUCUUCAUCAUACUCUCAGUCAUGGGCGUGGACUCCCUCUUCAUUGGCUUCUCCUACAUCCUCAUCCUGAGGGCUGUGCUGGCGCUGUCCUCUCGAGGUGCAGCGCUCAAGGCUUUCAACACCUGCAUCUCCCAUCUCUGUGCGGUUCUGGUCUUCUAUGUGCCUCUCAUUGGACUUUCUGUGGUGCACAGACUGGGAGGACCUACUUCCCUGCUCCAUGUGGUCAUGGCUAAUGUCUACCUACUACUACCACCUGUGGUUAACCCUGUGGUCUAUGGCGCAAAGACCAAGGAGAUCCGUUCACGGAUCCUCCGUUUGUUCUCCUGGGAUAAAAGUUGA